AUGACCAUAUUUUUUUUUAUUUUUCAGAUGUCACUUAUACCUUUUCUGAGUGAACUAAUUGAUGAAUAUAGCCGACCUAGAAGAGAACCCUUAUAUGACCAGAAUUUUGGCAUCGGCUUGUUAACUGAUGAAAUUCUUCGACCAAUGAACACAUUAAUGUCAAUGCCCCUCAGGUGUGGAUAUCUGCGUCCAUGGAGGAGUCUCGCUGCUUCUGAUUCUGGAAUAUCUUCCAUUCAAAUGAAUGAACAUGAAUUUGUAGUUAAUUUGGAUGUACAACAAUUCAAACCUGAGGAAUUAAAGGUGAGAGUUUCUGAUGGAUACAUUAUUGUUGAUGGAAAACAUGAGGAACGUUCUGAUGAACAUGGUUUUGUAUCACGACAAUUUACAAGGAGAUAUAAAAUUCCUGAGAAUGUUGAUGAAUCUGCUCUAUCUUCAAAGUUGUCAUCUGAUGGUGUCCUUACUUUGAAAGCACCAAAAAAAGAUGUACCACAGGUUGAAGGUAGAGAUAUUCCUAUCACCCAAACUAAUCAACCUGCAGCAAAGCCAAAAGAGGCUGAGAAAAUGCAGCACUGA